AUGAAGAUCCUCAUCACCGGGGCAGGCGGCUUCCUGGGCCAAUUCCUCGCCCGCGAACUGCUCUCCAACCCGGACAACAAAGUCGUCCUCACAGAUAUCAUCGACGUGCCCGUGCCCAAGGGGGCCCAGAACCCGCAAAACGCGACCUGCGUCAAAGCGGACCUGCUGAAAGACCGCAGCGUGGUCACGCCGGACCUGGACGCGGCAUAUAUCUUCCACGGCAUCAUGUCUGCGGGCUCCGAGGCAAACUUCGAUCUCGGCAUGAGCGUCAAUCUAGAGUCGACGAGGUUGCUUCUCGAAACGAUCCGAAAAGUUCGGCCGGGCUUGAGAGUCAUCUACUCGUCCAGCGGCGCCGUCUACGGCCGGCCGUUGCCAGAGGUGAUCACAGAAGACGUCCUCCCCACGCCGGAAGGGUCCUACGGCGCCGCCAAGUUCAUGUGCGAGAUCCUCAUCAACGACAUGACCCGUCGAGGCUACAUUGACGCAUUCAUCAUCCGAUUCCCUACCAUUACUGUCCGACCUGGGAAGCCCGCUCCGGCUGCUUCGGCGUUCAUUUCGGGCAUCAUUCGCGAGCCCCUGGCGGGCAAGGAGUGUGUUUUGCCAGUCAAGGACCGAUCCUUUCCCAGCCACGUGUGCUCGCCAAAGACUUUGAUCACCAAUCUCAUCUACACGCUCACCUUACCCUCGGAUGCUCUGCCGAGUCACAAGCGCGUGGUGAACGCGCCGGGACACGUUGUCACGAUCCAGGACAUGCUCGACGCGCUGGCCAAAGUCGGAGGCGAGGAUAAGCUAAAGUAUGUCAAGGAGGAACAUGACGAGCCCAUUGCCAAGAUUCUAUACACGUGGGCGGUCAAGUACGACAACUCGUUGGCGUACAAGCUGGGCAUGAAGAAGCCGGAUAGCUUUGAACAGUCGGUGCGCGAGUACAUGGAGUAUAUGGAGGAGCAGGAAAGGUUGUCCUAG